GCUGUGGGAACUCAGUCUUUCAUUUAUGAAGCCAGACAGAUUCUUGUCUUGCGUGUGAGUCUGAAAUUCUAGGAUUCAAGUUUGGAUAGCUAAAUAAUGAGUUUUCCUGACCAAGACGUACUGGGCCAGGCUUUUGAAGAUGCACUAGAAGUCCUGCAGCAGCACUCUGACAGAGAAAUGCAGUAUUCACCAGGUUAUAAAAACUGCUUGACUGUGAUCAACCAUCACCACACCCUCCGAUCAAGUCCCAGCUACUCUGCAACACCAUCUACAGAGGACCAAGGGUAUAGCUGGAGAAAUGUUAUUAACAGUGCAGCAGAUUUUUAUGCAGACGAGACUGUCUACCACAUGCUGCAGAAUACUCCAGAAAGCCAAGUGAUGCAUGCUGCUGCUGGCCAGCCAAAAGCAGGAAAAGGUAGAAAAAAACUUCGACUGUUUGAGUACCUCCAUGAGUCUCUGUAUGAUCCAGCUAUGGCAAACUGCAUCCAAUGGGUUGAUAAGCCAAAUGGUGUCUUCCAGUUUGUCUCCAAAAACAAGGAGAAACUUGCAGAGCUGUGGGGAGAAAGAAAGGGAAACCGCAAGAUCAUGACUUAUCAGAAAAUGGCCAGAGCACUGAGGAAUUAUGGAAGAACAGGUGAAAUCAUUAAAAUUCGAAGGAAGCUGACAUACCAGUUCAGUGCUGUUGUUCUCCAGAGACUUGCUCCGUCUUAUUUCUUGGGGAAAGAAACAGUUUAUCAUCCCUACAUUCAGUCUAAUCAAGAAUAUCAGUGCACAGACGACUGGAUGAGUUACAAUAAUUACAUGUAUAACAGUGGUUAUGCAUUACAUCAUGCUAACAGCUAGGCAUAGCUUUCACAUAACCAGGUCUUUGUUAGCUGGUAAUACUUUCCAACACAGGAACUCCUCUCUGUACAUAGCUUUUCCAUUAAGAUAUCAUGCAAAAACCUG